ACUUAUUGUUUUAUCUAGGCGUAUGCAUUGAUAUGGUUAGUUUGUGAGUAAUAAUAUUAAAAUAUAAGGAUUAGAGUGUACAGUAUCCAGUAAAUAGUUAAAUAAUUAAAAAUGUCUCGAUUAGAGGAUAAUAAAAAAGAUCCAAUGGGAACGGGUUUUCGUAAAAUAGAUAUCGACGAAUUUAAUGAAAAUAAUUUUAAAGAAGAAGAGGCUGAUGCUAGUUUGACAGGACCAACUGGUCCUGAUGAAAAUGAAAUACUUAAUUUACUUAGCCAAGGAAAACAUGCUGAAGCUUUAAUAUCAGCGUUGAAGGCUGCACCAUUAGAAUCUAAAAAUCAACAAGUUAAGGAUAAUGCAAGAAACGUAACACAAAAAAUAUUAUUAAGUAUAAAAUCAAAUCAAAUGGACGAUAUUAUUGCUCAAUUGGAUAGAGAACUAAUGGAUGUUUUGAUGAAAUACAUAUAUCGUGGUUUUGAAAUACCAUCAAAAGACAGCAGUUCACAUUUAUUAUUGUGGCAUGAAAAAGUUUACAGUAUCAGUGGUAUUGGAAGUAUUGUUCGAGUGUUUACUGACAGCAAAAGAGUUUAAUAAUAUUUAAAUAAUAAAAAUAAAUAAAUAAAGACAAAUAAAAUAGGAUUGUUUAUGGUUGUCAUAAUAAAAAAAUUAAUCUUUGAUAGAAUAUUAUGUAAAAAAAUAUCCUCAUUAUUUUCUGUUAUCAACAUUUUUACUCAACGUUCUUUUUUAUUAUUAUUUUAUAUUAAAUAAUUAAUUAAUUAAUUAUUAUUAUUAUUUUAUACAUAUAUUUUUUAAAAUAACGAUUACAUAAGAAAUAACACGAUGAUGCAGUAAGGAAAAGUACAAAUUAAUAUUUUCUUUAUUUUGUUACCCUGAACAUUGUUAUAUAUUUAUAUAUAUAUUAGUAGUCGGAUUGACCAUUUCUCCACGGUUUUGAUCCGAAGAUCACAUAUACUUUAUUUUGGGCAAUGAUAAUUAUUAUUCUUUAUUUUUUUAAUUAAUUAUUUAUUAUUACUAAUUUCUGUAACAGCCCGGAAGAUUUUUUUUUAUUAUUCGCAUUUAUUUUUUACAGUAACCAUUAUCAUAUUUGUUUGUCGGAUCAAAAAUAACGCACUUAUAAACACGGCCUUUGCUCUGAAAAUUUUUAAAUAAAUAAAUUAUUAUUAUUAU